CCCCGGGCCGCCCUCCCCAGGCUCUUCCCGCCGCCUUUCCCGGACCUCCCGCCUUUCCAGCCGGGCCAGGCGGCGGCCGCACGCUCGUCGGCCCGGGCUGUGGGACCGGAUCCAGGGUCACUUGUCUCACAUUCCUCCAGAACUGAGCCCUUGCCUGGACCCAUGACCCAGCCUGUGCUCCACAACCAGGUGGAUAGCACUGCUUGUGCCUACAACCCAGAACCCUGGCUGACCGUAUUGAAACAGGAUGUUCCAGCAGGUUAACGGCCACAGUCUGGGCACUGAUGCCCAAAGCAGGGAACCCCUCAGAGGAGACCUACAGAAUUUUCUGGGUGGGGAAACCCUGCUGCACCAGCUAGAUGACCUCACCAAGGUGAAUCCUGUGACUCUGGAGACAGUCCUGAGGUGCCUGCAGGCUCGGUACAUGACAGACACCUUCUACACCAAUGCUGGCUGCGCCCUGGUGGCUCUGAACCCCUUUAAGCCGGUCCCUCAACUCUACUCGCCAGAGCUGAUGAGAGAGUACCACGCUGCACCUCAGCCCCAGAAACUGAAGCCCCACAUCUUCACUGUGGGUGAACAGACCUACAGGAAUGUCAAGAGCCUGAUCGAACCGGUUAACCAGUCUAUUGUUGUCAGUGGAGAGAGUGGUGCUGGAAAGACGUGGACGUCUCGCUGCCUGAUGAAGUUCUAUGCUGUGGUGGCCUCCUCGUCCACAUCCUGGGAAAGCCACCAGGUGGCAGAGAGGAUCGAACAGCGGAUCCUGAACUCCAACCCUGUCAUGGAAGCUUUUGGGAACGCAUGCACACUGAGGAAUAACAACAGCAGUCGCUUUGGGAAGUUCAUCCAGCUCCAGCUGAACGGGGCCCAGCAGAUGACCGGAGCCGCAGUCCAGACCUACCUGCUAGAGAAAACUCGAGUGGCCUGCCAGACCUCCAGUGAGAGGAACUUCCACAUCUUCUACCAGAUCUGCAAAGGAGCCAGUGCAGACGAGAGGCUGCAGUGGCACCUCCCCGAGGGAGCUGCCUUCUCCUGGCUGCCCAACCCAGAGUGGACUUUGGAAGAGGAUUGUUUUGAGGUGACCAGAGAGGCCAUGCUCCAUUUGGGCAUUGACACCCCUACCCAGAACAACAUCUUUAAGGUCCUAGCCGGGCUGCUGCACCUCGGCAACAUGCAGUUUGCUGACUCGGAGGAUGAAGCCCAGCCCUGCCAGCUGAUGGACUGUGCCAAAUGGUCUGUCAAGACGUUGGCCUCGCUGCUACGGCUCCCAGGGGACACGCUGCUGGAGACACUGCGGAUCAGAACCAUUAAGGCAGGCAGGCAGCAGCAGGUGUUCCGGAAGCCCUGCUCCCGAGCUGAGUGUGACACCCGCAGGGACUGUCUGGCCAAACUGGUCUACGCAAGGCUGUUUGACUGGCUGGUAUCUGUAAUCAACAGCAGCAUCUGUGCAGACCCCAACGCGUGGACCACUUUCAUAGGCCUGCUGGAUGUGUAUGGAUUUGAGUCAUUUCCCAACAACAGUCUGGAGCAGUUGUGCAUCAACUACGCCAAUGAGAAGCUACAACAACAUUUUGUGGCUCACUUCCUAAGGGCUCAGCAGGAAGAAUAUGCAGUUGAGGGCCUGGAGUGGUCAUUUGUCAACUACCAGGACAACCAGAGCUGUUUGGAUCUCAUCGAGGGGAGCCCCAUCAGCAUCUGCUCCCUCUUAAAUGAGGAGUGCCGCCUUAAUCGGCCAAGCAGCGCAGCCCAGCUUCAGACACGCAUUGAGAGUGUCCUGGCAGGCAGGCCCUGCCUGGGCCAGAACAAGCUCAGCCGGGAGCCCAGUUUCAUCGUGGUGCACUAUGCAGGGCCAGUGUGCUACCACACUGCCGGCCUGGUGGAGAAGAACAAGGACCCUGUCCCCCCUGAGCUGACCAGACUCCUACAGCAAUCCCAGGAUCCCCUGCUCAAGGUGCUGUUUCCUACUAAUCCCAAAGAGAAUUCCCAGGAGGAGUCUUCUGGCCAGAGCAGGGCCCCUGUGUUGACCGUGGUAUCCAAGUUCAAGGCCUCCCUGGAACAGCUCCUGCAGGUCCUGCAGAGCACCACACCCCACUACAUUCGCUGCAUCAAGCCCAACAGCCAUGGCCAGGCACAGACCUUCAUCAGGGAGGAGGUCCUGAGCCAGCUGGAGGCCUGUGGCCUUGUAGAGACCAUCCACAUCAGUGCUGCCGGCUUCCCCAUCCGGGUGUCUCACCAGAACUUUGUGGACCGAUAUGAGUUGCUGAGAAGGCUCCGUCUUCGCGCAUCCUCUGGUCUCCACAGCCCAUCUCAUGCCAAAGGGCACUCAAAAGGGCCUCCUCCCGCCAAGGAGGCCACGCUGCAGUCUCUCCUCCAGGACAUUCUUCACACUCUGCCAAUUCUAACUCGGGCAGCAGCCACACUUGGUGAGCCAGUUGAGGCCAGGCCAGCCCCAGUGCGCUGUGGCAGGACCAAGGUGUUCAUGAGCGACUCCACGCUGGAGCUUCUGGAAUGUGGGCGUGCCCAGGUGCUAGAGCAGUGUGCCCGCUGCAUCCAAGAUGGCUGGAGGCGAUACCUGCACCACAAGCAGGAGAGGCAGAGGCGGGCUGCCGUGCUCAUCCAGGCAGCCACCCGUUCCUGGUUAACUCGGAAGCACAUCCAGAGGCUGCACACAGCUGCCACCAUCAUCAAGCGCACAUGGCAGAAGUGGAGAAUCAGAAUGGCCUCCCUUGCUUCUGAAGAACUGGAUGGUGCAGAGGAACAACACUUGUCUCAAGAUCCCCGUUCCCUGAGCUCCACUCCAUUGCCUCUGGUGCAGAACAGGCUCCUGGGGGCAAUAAUCCGCCUCUGGCCCCUGGGACUGGUCCUGGCCAACUCGGCCAUGGGUGUACGCGGCUUUCAGAGGAAACUGGUGGUCCGGGCCUGCCUCCAGCUUCCCUCAGGUGGGCCCAGCAGCUAUGCUGUCCAGACUGCACAACAUGACCAGGCUGGUAUCACGUCCAUACGAGCGCUGCCUCAGGGCACGAUAAAGUUUCACUGCAGAAAGUCUCCACUGCGCCAUGCUGACAUCUGCCCCCAACCUUCGCCCUGCAGUGUUACUGGCUUUAAUCAGAUUCUGCUGGAAAGACACAGGCUGAUCCAAGUGUGAUCUCUUCCUGCCCUCUCCCCUCCCCUGGCUGGGUGAUCCUUGGUGCCUUUGUUUCUCCGAGGCCUUUUCCUGCCAGCUGCCUUGCCGAAGACAUUUGAUGAACGCACAGCUGCCAAACUAUUCCCACAACGACUACAGUGCAUGUGAGAGCAUGCUGGCUCCAGCCUCAGAGCCUGGGCUGCACCGGCAAACGUACCAGUGGGCCUGUGGUCUCCAACCUACAUCUCAGGCACUGACAGAGGGUCAGGGUUGGGCGAUCCCAAACCAGGAAUAAGAAGCAUCAGGGCCAUAGAGACCUUCACUACAUCCAUAUGUCCAACUGAGCAUUGGACUCAACCGUCCAUCCUGAGAUGCUAUCCAUCAGUGCAGCAGAGUACCCCUGACUCCCCAUGAGCACUUUUGCAAGAAAACAGGCAAAGUCAGCCUGAAAUUGGCUCUGAAAUUUUGGCUGGGGGGACUUUUGCAUUUAGUUCCUUAAAAAGGAAUGAAAGCUUUUAAAAAAUUUUAAAAAAGCAAAUGCAGGAAUUUACACGGAAGCACUCUAAAAGGUUUUCCAGGGUCGACACAGAUAUAUACAUGGUUACAUACAGAUGAAAACUCAUUCUCUUUUGAAGAGGCCAGAUGGUGAUGGUGAGAUACCACUUUAGAAGAAAAGUGGUUCCUAUCAGAGCCUGUUCCUUGGCUGAGGGUUAGUGGUGUCCCUAGCCCUCCGCUGGAGGCAGGAAUCAGCUUUGGGGUGAGGAGAGCAAUACAGUCAGGGCAGGGGGAGAGAUGGGUCUUCUGUGCUUUUCUUAGAUUGUAGGAAGAGUCAUUGGUGAAAAAUCACAAAUUUUCCUGGAUGCUUCUAGAACAGAGAAGUCCCACCUGACUACUGAGGGCUUGGUAUGAUUAUGACAUGUGAGAAAGUAUUGGUGGCAGUCUUCCUGAUUUGAAGACCUCUAGAUGUAUUCUCUCAGAAUGAUCCUGAAUAGAGAUGAGAAGUAAGGCUUCAUCUAUAGCAGGCCAGGAGUGAAACUUAAUGAAGAGGUUUGUUCUGCUCUCUCAACAGCCCUAUCAGCAAAACAGACUAGUUUAUCUGUGUUGUUACCCAUGGGGUUCAACUGUCAGAACAUCUGGGGUCUGGUUCUGAUCUCUGAGCUUUUAAAAAGACCCCUUAAAACCAUUCUCUCUUAAAUGCUGCUCUGUGCUCUUAUUUUGAGAGGCCCAAAUUAAUGUUGAAACACACACAAAAAAAGAGAGACAUGGAAAUACAGUCACGUAGAGGCUAAAAGAGAUGCCAUAAAAUGAUGGGGCCAAACGCUUCUAUCCAUAGCAAGGAGGCGAGGAAUGCCCAGGCUACAGAACGGGAAGACAAAGGAGGCUCUU